AGACUGACGGACAGCGGCGGUGCAGAACAGCGGAGGGUCCUGCUACACCGUGAAGAAGAAAAAACAAUUCAAGGAUCUGUUUCCUCUUUUAGUUGAACAGUCAAGUGUCUGGAUGGAUUGAAAGAUACUGCAUGCAGCACAUCUUGAAAGGAACAUCCGUCUCCAGACCAGACCCCCGGCUCCGGCCCGUCCCUCCACAACAAUGAACUCCUCGCCCCACGGCUCCCGCGCCUCCAUCGACAUCCUGGAGGAACUCCAGCUGAUUGCUGCACAGAACCUGGAAAAACUGGACAUCAACAAAUACUAUGAAGUCGUCUGUGAGCUGGGGAAGGGCACCUAUGGCAAAGUGGAUCUGGUCAUUCACAAAAUCCGAGGCACAAAAAUGGCCCUGAAGUUUCUGAGGAAGAAGACCACCAAGCUGAAGAGCUUCCUGAGAGAGUACAGCAUCUCCCUUUACCUGUCGCCCUGCCCCUUCAUCAUCAACAUGUACGGCAUCGCCUUCGAAACAGACGAGUACUACAUCUUUGCCCAGGAGUACGCUCUGGCAGGUGAUCUGUUUGACAUCAUCCCUCCACAGGUGGGACUCUCUGAGACGGUGGCCAAGCGCUGCGUCCACCAGGUGGCCAUCGCCCUGGACUACCUGCACUGUAAGAAGCUGGUCCACAGAGACAUCAAACCCGAGAACAUCCUCAUUUUUGACAAAGAGUGCCGGAAGGUCAAGCUCUCAGACUUUGGCAUGACGCGGCGCGCCGGCUCUCCCGUGAAGCGGGUGAGCGGCACGAUCCCGUACACGGCGCCUGAGCUGUGCGACACCACGCGGCAGGAGGGCUUUUGCGUGGACUACAGCACGGACGUGUGGGCGUUUGGCGUGCUGCUCUUCUGCAUGCUGACAGGAAACUUCCCCUGGGAGAAGGCCAUGCCCAACGACACCUUCUACGAGGAGUUUGUGCGCUGGCAGCGUCGCCGGACGGGCACUGUGCCGUCGCAGUGGCGCCGCUUCACUGAUGAGGGCCUGCGAAUGUUUCGUAGGCUCCUCUCCAUCGAGCAGGAGCGCCGCUGCUCCGUCAAAGAAGUCUUCAGCUACUUUAACCAGUGCUGGAUGUUGGACACCGAGAACGGGAACAGCAGCAGCUUGGCGAGCAGUGCGCCUCCUCUGGACAUCAGAUCGUCUUCAUCUGAAGAGGACGUAUUAGUGGACAGACUGAAGCAGCAGAGCUUGUCGCCUGCUUGUGUGGUGGUGAAGGGGAGCAUCAUGAUGGACACCCACUACUCCUCCAUGUCCACGAACAGCUCGUCAUCAUCCACCGGCAGCUACGAGCGUGUCAACCGGGAAAACAACGAAAGAGGACGCAUCCUGGUGGCAACGCCCAUUGAGAUCUGCGUGUAGAGACGACUGACGCUGCGUUCCAGGCUGCUUUGUGAGCUGAAGAGGAGGGUGAAACGUGUGGCGACUGACUGGUGCUUAGCGUAGCUUAGCUUCCCUGCGGAUUUACUCAUUUCUGAUGAAGACGAGCUCUGAGGAAAUGAGCGGUGAGACGAUCACAAGCCUCCUGUAUGUGAUUUAUACUUCAGACACUGAAAUGAACUCCAUGGAUGACCUUGUCAAGAGAAAUAAAGCUGAAGGGUGAAGAAAGAAACAAACAAAAACAUUCAUAAUCCACAUAUGUUCAAAUGUUUGGAAAAAUCUAGUCACUGCAAAAAUAAUCUGUGAAGAAAGAGAUGCGAUUGGCUUUCAAUAAAAUGAUUUGUUGAUGGUACCAUUAUGUGUUUAUUGUAGUGUUAUGUUUGGUAGAUGGGUUUCUGUAAAGUGUGUGCGUGUGUGUGUUUUUUAGUAUAUCUUUUUUUUCAAUUUGGAGUUAAAUAUGUAUUUAUAUCAGAUGCAUUUAUUUAUGAGUUUUUGUAUGAGAGAUCUGAAGUCAGAUUUUUUUUUUUAUUUUCUCUGAGAAAUACAAAUUAGUAGAAAUUUGAAUUGCUGUAGAAGCAGUUGGCUCUCACAGACCUACAUUUUCAUUUUAAAUAUUCAUCAUCUUGUUGUGAUCUAAAAGUAGAAGUAUGCAGACUGUUUUUUUCCAAAAUGUCUUUUUUCAUGUUUGCCUGUGUUGCCCAAACCCACUUGCAGUAGCAACCAACAAUACGAGCGGCUGAAAACGCACCUCAUGGUCAGCAGUAAGUGUUGAUUGGGUAUCUUCUUACUCUUCUACCCAGUCCUCCCAUUAAACUGCAGCAUACUGGGACCAUAACUGCAUACAGCUGCAGCCCACUUCCUUUCAGGUAAACAUCUCACAAUAAUCGGAUGAUUUUAUUAUGUGAAUAAAUAUUUAGUAAGAGGGAGAAAAACACUCAAAAGUAUCAUGAAUGAAGCAUUCAUAUUUUUCAAUUUGCAUGGUUGAUGAAUAAAGUGGGAAUUAGCUUUGAUUGAGCAGGUAAAAUAAUUAUCUAACAAGUGAUACAUAAAGUAUUUUGAGAGAUUUUUUAUUCCAAUGUUUGCUGUUUAAUUAGAAAGUUGAAAACUGAAAUGUGAGGCAAGAUGGACUAAUGAAGAAAAACAUUUGGGGAUUUAAAUGUUUAAAAAGGUUCUCUUUUUUGUUGAAGUAUUGCAUGCUGUGAUUACUUAUGUGGUGAACAUUUGUUGAAAUAAACACCCCGAGAAUUAAAA